AAUGGUAAAGUGAGUGGGUACAGAGGGUCAGUGAACAGAGGGCACAGCGGACCAGUGAGUACAGAGGACCGGAGGAACAGUGGGAACAGAGGAAUAGUGGGAAUAGAGGACCAGUGGAACAGUAGGCACAGAGGACCAGAGAAACAGUGGGAACAGAGGACCAGUGGGAUCAGAGGACCAGUGGGUACAGAGGACCAGAGGAACAGUGGGAACAGAAGACCGGUGGGAACAGAGGAACAGUGGGUCCAGAGGACCAGAAGGUACAGAGGACCAGAGGGCACAGAAGACCAGUGGGUGAGAAGACCAGUGGGCACAGUGGACCUGAGGAACAGUGGGUGAGAGGACUGGUUGUAGAGAGGACCAGUGGGAACAGAGGACCAGAGGACCAGAGGACCAGAGGAACAGUGAGAACAGAGGACCAGUGGGUACAGAGGACCAGAGGAACAGUGGGCCCAGAGGACCAGAGGAACAGUGGGCCCAGAGGAUCAGAGGACCAGUGGGUACAGAGGACCAGAGGACCAGUGGGUACAGAGGACCAGAGGACCAGUGGGUACAGAGGACCAGAGGAACAGUGGGAACAGAGGACCACACGAGGACCAGAGGACCAGAGGACCAGAGGACCAGUGGGUAGAGGACCAGAGGGUACAGAGGACCAGAGGAACAGUGGGUACAGAGGACCAGAGGACCAGUGGUUAUAGAGGACCAGAGGAACAGUGGGAACAGAGAACCAGAGGACCAGUAAGUACAGAGGACCAGAGGACCAGCGGAACAGUGGGAACAGAGGACCAGUGGGUACAGAGGACCAGAGGGUACAGAGGAUCAGAGGAACAGUGGGAACAGAGGACCAGAGGACCAGAGGACCAGAGGAACAGUAGGAACAGAGGACCAGUGGGAACAGAGGAUCAGGGGAACAGUGGGAACAGAGGACCAGUGGGUACAGAGGACCAAUGGGUACAGAGGACCAGAAGAACAGUUGGAACAGAGGACCAGAGGACCAGUGGGUACAGAGGACCAGAGAAAAAGUGGGAACAGAAGACAUAA